UUUUCGGGAGCGGGAUUGUUUCACGCAGGAAGCGGGCUCCAUUUUAGCGCCGCCCGCCGUCGCCAUCUGUUUCCCUUCCCUCCCCUUUUCCCCCUCCCUUCUUCAAGCCCCAUCUGAAAGCCUGGGCCUAGGCCUCUCAGGAGCCUGGAGUGAGAGAAGGGGAAAAGGGAGAAAGGGAAGAAGAGGGGAGAAAAAGGGUGAGUCGAGAAGGGUGAGUGGUAGAGGCCAAGUGUGAAGCGUGCGGCCCGGCGGACGGACUGACGGACGGGCCCGUGCUAUUGCUGCCGCGGCUGCGGCGCCCGCGCGAGUCGCGUCGAAGCGGCGGCGGCGGCAGCAGCGGAAACAGGAGGGGAGCAAUGGCGGCCGACAGCCGGGAGGAGAAAGAUGGAGAGCUUAAUGUUCUCGAUGAUAUUUUGACUGAAGUACCAGAACAGGACGAUGAACUAUAUAACCCAGAAAGUGAGCAAGAUAAAAACGAGAAAAAGGGAUCAAAAAGAAAAAGCGACCGAAUGGAAUCCACUGACACCAAACGACAAAAGCCUUCUAUUCAUUCAAGACAGUUGAUUUCAAAGCCGCUAAGCUCAUCUGUUAGCAAUAACAAAAGAAUCAUUAGUACUAAAGGAAAGUCGAUCACAGAGUAUAAAAAUGAGGAAUAUCAAAGAUCUGAAAGAAACAAGCGUCUAGAUGCUGAUCGGAAGAUCCGUUUGUCAAGCAGUGCCACCAGAGAACCUUAUAAGAGUCAACCUGAAAAGACUUGUCUCCGGAAAAGGGAUCCUGAAAGGAGGACCAAAUCCCCAACGCCAGAUGAUUCUGAGAGAAUUGGGCUUGAUGUGGAUAGACGUGCAAGCAGAUCCAGCCAAUCUUCUAAGGAAGAAGUGAACUCUGAAGAAUAUGGUUCUGACCAUGAGACUGGCAGCAGUGGUUCUUCUGAUGAGCAAGGCAACAACACUGAGAAUGAAGAGGAAGGAGUGGAAGAAGAUGUGGAGGAAGAUGAAGAGGUAGAAGAAGAUGCAGAGGAAGAUGAGGAAGUGGAUGAAGAAGGAGAGGAGGAGGAGGAAGAAGAAGAGGAGGAGGAGGAAGAAGAAGAAUAUGAACAGGAUGAGAGAGACCAGAAGGAGGAGGGAAAUGAUUAUGACACUCGAAGUGAGGCUAGUGACUCAGAUUCUGAAUCUGUGUCCUUCACAGAUGGAUCUGUUAGAUCUGGUUCAGGCACAGAUGGAUCAGAUGAGAAAAAGAAGGAAAGGAAGAGAGCUAGAGGCAUAUCUCCAAUUGUUUUUGAUAGAAGUGGAAGCUCUGCAUCAGAGUCAUAUGCAGAUCAAACCAGUAAACUCAAAUAUGUCCUUCAGGAUGCAAGAUUUUUCCUCAUAAAGAGUAACAACCAUGAGAAUGUGUCACUUGCCAAAGCUAAGGGUGUGUGGUCCACGCUGCCUGUAAAUGAGAAGAAAUUAAAUGCUGCAUUCAGAUCUGCAAGAAGUGUGAUCUUAAUAUUUUCUGUAAGAGAGAGUGGAAAAUUUCAAGGGUUUGCAAGACUUUCUUCAGAAUCACAUCAUGGAGGAUCUCCUAUACACUGGGUGCUUCCAGCAGGAAUGAAUGCUAAAAUGCUAGGAGGAGUAUUUAAAAUUGACUGGAUCUGCAGGCGUGAAUUACCCUUCACUAAGUCGGCUCAUCUUACCAAUCCUUGGAAUGAACAUAAGCCAGUAAAGAUCGGACGUGAUGGACAGGAAAUUGAACUUGAAUGUGGAACCCAACUUUGUCUUCUGUUUCCUCCUGAUGAAAGUAUUGACUUGUAUCAGGUCAUUCAUAAAAUGCGUCAUAAGAGAAGAAUGCAUUCUCAGCCCCGAUCAAGAGGACGUCCAUCCCGUCGAGAACCAGUCCGGGAUGUGGGAAGGCGUCGACCAGAAGAUUAUGAUAUUCAUAACAGCAGAAAGAAACCAAGGAUUGACUAUCCCCCUGAGUUUCAUCAGAGACCAGGGUAUUUAAAGGAUCCACGAUACCAGGAAGUAGACAGACGAUUUUCAGGAGUUCGUCGAGAUGUGUUUUUAAAUGGGUCCUACAAUGAUUAUGUGAGGGAAUUUCAUAACAUGGGACCACCACCACCUUGGCAAGGAAUGCCCCCUUACCCAGGAAUGGAACAGCCUCCACAUCAUCCGUACUAUCAGCAUCAUGCUCCACCUCCUCAAGCCCAUCCCCCUUACUCAGGACACCAUCCAGUACCACAUGAAGCAAGAUACAGAGAUAAACGAGUACAUGAUUAUGAUAUGAGGGUGGAUGAUUUCCUGCGUCGCACACAAGCGGUUGUCAGUGGACGGAGAAGUAGACCCCGUGAAAGAGAUCGAGAACGAGAGCGAGACCGCCCCAGAGAUAACAGAAGAGACAGAGAGCGAGAUAGAGGACGAGACAGAGAAAGAGAAAGAGAGCGAUUAUGUGAUCGGGACAGAGACCGAGGGGAGAGAGGUCGAUAUCGAAGAUAAUGUGCUUUUUGGAAGCAAUGAUUGUUUAAAGAUAAAAAAAAAAAUCUUGUAUUUUUUUUUUUUUUUGGUGUGUGUUUACAAGUAGUAAAUUUAUUUUCAGCUGUCUACUUAAAGUUCAUUGUGUAGAAGGAUUUAUUAUGACCCUCUUUGUUCCAAGCAUGCAGUGUAAUAAGAACUGGAAAAACUCAAAUCCGCCAAAAAUGCACAAUUGACAAUUGAGUUGACACUUACUGGAGCAGAAUGGAACAGUCCAAGAAUGUAGAUAUUUGAUUCGUUCUUCAUAAAUGUUCAUCUACUUAUAGUGUGUUCAUCCUAGGGUUAUUGUUUUCUUUUUUUUUUUUUUUUUGGAUCUUGAUUGAUAACUGCCAUGACAUUUUGCUUUGAUGUGUUUCUACAUGUAGUUGCACACGGUUCAGUAAAAUAAUGCUGCUAUCAAGUAUGCAAAUAUUGAAGUAUGAUGGUUUGACUGUAUGGCAGUGUUGUAGCAGCCUCUUGGUUUCUCCCUUCUUUUUCCCCUUUUUUAAACUUACAACGUCACACUUUAUUUUUCUUCAGUCUUCAAUGAUGAGAGCAAUAUUACGAAGACAUUGCUAUCUAAUUUUUAACCUUUUUGAAAAAUAAAAAAUUCUUAUGUUCGGUAGCAUGGUUGAUGCUAUUGUUUAGCCUUCCCUUCCAAACUGUAUACAUUGGCUUGGAAUGUUCACAACUUGCGUGUGUGGCAGCGGAAGAUUCUCAUAUUCUACAUUGCUACUGUUUUGUAUAAAAUAAAUUGGUAAAGAUUGA